AUGGCGGACGUGGAGAUGACUGAUGCCUCGGCUUCGGCUGUGGCGCCCAAGGUAAAGAGCAAGAGUGGACCGAGUGGUGGUGAUGUGGAUGGGAAGAAGAAGUUUGAGGUGAAGAAGUGGAAUGCCGUCGCACUAUGGGCUUGGGACAUCGUCGUCGACAACUGUGCCAUCUGUCGCAACCACAUCAUGGAUCUUUGCAUCGACUGCCAGGCCAACCAGGCUUCCGCUACCAGCGAGGAGUGCACGGUCGCCUGGGGUAUCUGCAAUCACGCCUUCCACUUCCACUGCAUCUCGCGUUGGCUCAAGACCCGUCAAGUCUGUCCGCUCGACAACAGGGACUGGGAGUUCCAGAAGUAUGGUCGUUAA